AUGGCCCGAAUAGGGACACAAAGAGUGAAGACGGGUUGCACGACCUGCAAGAUCCGACGUAUCAAAUGUGACGAGGCGCGUCCAUCCUGCGCGAGAUGCAUCUCCACUGGCCGCAAAUGUGACGGUUACAUCUCUCCGCCGACGACGACGUACUCCUGGGCGCAACUCUUCAGAUCAUGCCCCGUGAACAACGUAUCUUCGAUUCGGGCUACACAGCCGACCAGAGCCAGCAUCGUCUAUGCCGAGCGAACAAUGGACUUCUACCGCAAGGUCACAGCGCCGGCGUUUGCUGGGUCCCUCAACUCAUACUUCUGGACUAAUGUCGUGAUGCAAAUGUCGGACCAAGAACCUGUGGCCAGCCAUGCUGUGCUGGCGCUCAGCUCCGUGUACGAGACAUUCAGCAACGGAUCAUGGGAAGCAAGCUCCUUUGCUGUGUGGCACUACAACGAGGCGAUCAAGCUCCUCCGAACGACGACAGACCGCGCGCUGAUUCUCUUCGUCUGUGUGCUUUUCAUCUGCAUAGAGCUGAUUCGCCGGAACCCAAAAGACGCGACUACUCACUGCCGGCACGGGAUCAACAUCCUGAAUGAGAUACAUAACGAAUCCGACUUUCUGCGGAACCACGUCACGCCGGUCAUGCGGCAGCUUAGCAUUGCGCCAUACCGAUAUGGCAUCAACCCAACGACGUUUCCAACAGUGCGCCAGCCCUUAUCGACCUCGACCAAACGGAUUCAGAAUGUCGCAGAAGCUCACGCUCGACUCUUGACAAUUCACGUACGUCUUGUCCGGCACAUGGAAUGUGCGUGUAUUACCGACCGCUGGCUUGAAACCGGGAAGGAAGGUCCGGAACCAGACGCGAAAUGGCUUCGACAAUUCAUCCUCAUUGAUCUAGAUGCAUGGUACAAGGCAUACUGGGAGAUGAAGAAAGAGGAGAGGUAUACCAGCAAGGAGGAGGACAUGAUACGGUUACUAGACAUUCGUUACCUCGUGGCCAGGAUUGCCCUCUUGGCUUCUGAAAAGAAAGACGAAGGCGAGUGCGUGUACGAUGCGCACACGGACAAGUUCCGUGCCAUCAUCGUUCUUGCAUUACAGGCGGAAGGCUCUUCAGAGGCGUCAAAGUCCUCAGCAGGCUGGGGAACCGAAAGCGUCCUCGAGCUCGGAUAUAGCUCUCUCCUCUUCAUGGUGGUCAUCCGGUGCCGCAACCUAAGACUGCGACUCGAGGCCCUGAGGUUGAUGAAGAAGCUCAUGCAGCCUGGGAGGAAUAUUUGGGAGAGGAAUUUGACAUGGUCUAUCGCAAAGCGAGUGGUCGAGAUUGAGCAUAACAUCGCUCUCGGCGAUAUCAUCGAGUCGGACGCCUUCGAUGUCUCUGAUGAGGGCGGUGGUGGAUUCGUGCCGGAAGAGAGGCGAAUAGUCGCGAUGAACUUUCGAGAACCGCCGGAAGCCACGAUCCCCCCAAGGAAAAAGGUGCAUUUCUACCUGAAGAAUCAGAGGACCGGUGAAAUCGUGGACAGGGAAGAGUAUGUAGCAGUAUGA